AUAUCUUUGUUAAUUACUAUAUUGCCUGCAGCUUGUUUAUCUACAAGUACGGCGUCAUUGUGGUCUUGUUAAUAAACGUGUUAUUACUGUAAUCAGUCGGAUGACGUCUAGAUUCAAAAUAAAAAACAGCGUCCGUGUGACCCUCAACCUGCGGCACGCGACCCGAAGGGGACCUAAAAUAAUCAUUGUAACCGAUACCCGAAAAAAACAAUCCUAGCAAAGUAACGUUAUGUUAGCUUCUAUGUGUAGGCUGCAACACAAUGGCUCAUGGUUAAUACAGCUUUUUAAAUGAUUUCAUCAGUUCAUUGUUUUGGUUUAUCUCCUAGAUUAGACAUUGUUUUUUAUCAAAUGUCACUACACCGGUAUGGGGCGAAAUGUGAUCACCCAACAAGGCAAACUGGGGGUAGAGGGCAAAACGCAACAAGUGGCAUUGCUUUGUAAUAAUUGGAGGUAAUUGUUUUAUAAUUGAAGGUAUAGCCUGCAAUCACUGAGCCUGACACGGUAGUACUAUGCAUCUAAUGAGAUUAUAUAUUUAUUUUUUCAAGGCCACGCCCCUCUGCCAUAGAAUAUACAAUGUCAUACAACAAAAAAGAUAAGACAUAUUACCCUGUCUAGAGUUAGAUUAACUUGAACCCCAAACUACAAAUGUCAUGCAGGAAUGGAUGAUGAUGAUGCGCCCAAUGAGGCCUUAGCUGAGUUCAAGACAAAGCCCCUUGGAGGAUGGGGUGUUGCUCAGAUAGCUGUCGGCACUGGGCUCACCGUGUAUGCCGUAUGGGUGGGAAUCCUCCAGCCGGGCUUCCGAAAAGUCCCUUUGAGGCUACAGGUCCCGUACAUUCCUGCCAGCAAAGCACAAGUAGAUCAUGUAAUGUCAUUGUUCAAAGGUCGAAAGGGAGGCCUUGUGGAUUUGGGAUCUGGUGAUGGCCGCAUUGUUCUGGAAGCACAUCGCCAGGGUUUCACUCCUGCUGUUGGCUAUGAGCUCAACCCUUGGCUGGUUCGCUUGGCCAACUUCCAUGCCUGGAGAGCAGGCCAUCACGAUGCAGUGUCGUACCGACGGGAAGAUCUCUGGAAGGUCGACUUGACGGAAUGCAAGAAUAUCACAGUAUUUUUGGCUCCUAGUGUGCUUUCCUUGCUGCAGAAGAAGUUGCAGAAUGAGCUUUCUGAUGAUGCUUUAGUGGUAGCUGGUCGUUUUCCCUUCCCUGACUGGACACCCUGCAGGAUUGAGGGGCAUGGUGUGAACAGAGCCUGGGCGUAUAGCAUGCAGGCACAAAGGCAGCACACCUUAAAGAAAAAUGACACGCUCACGGAUAGCAACCUCAACAAUGAACUUACCAAGGAGAAAGGAUCCACUUGAAGAACCAUGGAUGUUUUCAGUCUUUUGCACUUUAUUAUGGCAACAUUUAAUCAUCAAUCCUGCUAAGGGGAUGUAAAUACUAUUUUCUUAAAAACUAAGAAUAUUUAACCUAACUCAACUUGUCAGUUGUAAUUUUUAAUUUUAUCAAAGUUUGAACCACGUUUGAACAAAUGUUUUCCUUGAGAGCACUGUAAAUCUGUUAGGUAUUACCUGCCUGGGGGAGAGAAUUUAAAUAUAUCCUAUCAUCUAUGAUAUUGUAUACUUUGUUCAGUUUAUGUCACAAAACUGAACAUUAUUUUAAAUUAUUAUUUUAAGUGUUUAUUGAUUUGAGUCAUAAUUAUUAUAUUAUUAUUAUCACUUUAAUAUUUCUUAUACAUGUCUAUAUAUAGUUAAACAACUAAUGUGGAAAUUUUGGAUUCUAUGAUGCAGCUAAUUUUCUACAGGUAAGGUGAAGACAAAAUUUUAAUUCUCUUGUGUGAUGGUCAAAGGGACUUAGUGCUGUGGAAAUGUUUUCAUCUCAACAAGUCUGGACUGUAUCUCUCGAGGCUCCGGAUGUGAACGGUGACUAUUGUUUUCAUCAAUCUCACAAACAGAUUAAGUGAAAUUGUGAAUAAAGAGUACAUACAAUAACCAUAA